AUGCACGAUGAAGAGCAGGAUACGAUAAAGAGCAGUUUCCUAGAUGAACGUACGCCGUCUUUCGGAGCCGCGUCGCAGACGCGCUUGGUUGAUUCGCCUGGGCAGACGCCGCGGCGAGCUCUCUCGAACAUGAGCCAGAGAAGUCGAUUUUCAGUCACAAACUCAUCCGACAGCCUUGAGAAGCUUCCGGAAGAGACUGACAGAGGAGACGACAAAUUGGUGGAAUUCGAAGAAAACGACUCCAUAAAUCCGAAGAACUGGUCCUACUCCCGAAAAUGGGUAGCCACGACACUGGUCUCGCUCAUCUCGUUCAUCACAGCGGCCUCGUCCUCCAUUGUCGCCCCGGGACUGCCACAAAUCGCGACCGAGUUGAACAUCACCAAUUCGGUGGAAAAGUCUCUGGUAUUCGCCAUCUUUGGAAUGGGCUUCAUUGUCGGUGCAGUACCUUACGGACCGCUCAGCGAGCUGUAUGGACGAGCACCUGUUCUUCACAUAUCCUACUUUGUAUUCUUCGUUUUCAAUCUUGCCUCGGGGUUCGCCACUACCAAAACCCAGCUGCUGGUAUUCCGUUUCCUGGCUGGUGUCGGUGGUAGCGCACCCAACACCCUUGGAGCAGGCGUUGUCUCGGAUUGCUUCAACGCAGAAGAAAUUGGACGUGGCUCAGCAUUCUACGGCCUUGCACCACGUCUCGGUCCCGCCGUUGGCCCCCUGGUGGGCGGCUUCAUCGUCCAGAAUUUGGACUGGCGCUGGAGUUUCCACAUCACCAGCAUGUUCGCUGGCGCUCUAGGGAUCUUCGCCCUCAUCUUCGUCCAGGAGACCAGACCACAGAUCAUACUUGAGCGCAAAGCCAAAAAGCUAAGGGAGGAGACGGGAUGCCAGGAGUACAGAACUAAGGAUUGGCCUCGACCACGAGGCGAUCUUCGCCAUUUUGGAGAGGGCAUGAAACGACCUAUUGUUUACUUGUGUACGCACCAUAUUGUACAGUAUCUGGCGCUGUACCAGUUCUUCAUUGCCGGGACGCUGUACUUGGUCCUAUCUACGUUCCACGGAUUGUGGAUAUUUGUAUACCGCCAGAAUAUCGAGAUCUCCGGCCUAAACUACAUCUCAAUCGGCCUCGGGCUCGUCCUGGGCAACCAACUAUGCGCCCGCGUGAGCGAUAACGUCUACAACUAUCUCCGCCACCGCCUUAAAUCCUCGGACCCGGACGACCCAGACGCCGGCCGGCCCGAGUACCGCGUACCGCUGAUGCUCGUCGGCGCAGUCAUCUACCCAAUCGGCUUCCUCAUCUAUGGAUGGUCGGCGCAGAAGCAGCUCUUCUGGCUCGUCCCCAACAUCGGCAUCUUCCUCGUCUCCGUCGGCAUCAUCAUCAUCUCCCAGGGCAUCAAGCUCUACACCGUCAGCACCUACGGCACCUACGCCGCCUCCGCCCAGGGCGCCGUCAACUUCACCCGGAGCAUCGGCAGCGGCACCUUCCCGCUGUUCGCACCCUUCAUUCUGGCCAAGCUGGGCUACGGUUGGAUGGGGACUGUGAUGGCUUGUGUCGCGGUCGUGCUGGGGAUCCCCGGGCCCAUCAUACUCUGGUACCAUGGGCCGAGGUUGAGAAAGAAGGCGCAGGGGCUGCAGAAGGCGGACGGUAGGACUUGA